AGGCUGAGCUGCUCCCUCCCUUCAGUAGCAUUAGUGGGGUUGAGCAGCCAGCAUGGCCACAGCUGCCUCUAGCCCCUACACCCUGCUCAGUUCCAGUCCCAUGAUCCACCCGGAGAGCCAGGCCAUGCAGCCUGCUAGCCCCUACAGAGGACACCAGAAACUCCUCCAGAGUGACUACCUGCAAAGCGUCCAGAGCAACGGGCACUCCCUCGGGCACCAGUGGGCAAGUAACCUGUCGGAGGGGAGCCCUUGGUCGGCCUCCAUGGAGCAGCAGGAUGUCAAACCAGGCCGAGAGGACCUGCAGCUCGGCAUCAUCCAUCACCGCUCUCCGCACGUAGCGCAUCACUCUCCUCAUCACAACAACCAUGGCAACCACCCGGGAGCCUGGGGAACUCCAGUGUCCCACAAUUCCUCCAUCACCAGCGGGCAGCAGAUCAACAUCUACUCCCAGACGGGCUUCACUGUCAACGGCAUGCUGGACCACGGUGGGCUCACACCUCCACCCAACCCGCAGGGCCAAGGCAUGCACCCGGGCCUCAGGGACACACUCAGCCCCGAGCACAGCGACCUCGGCGGACACCACUGCCACGACCACUCCGACGAGGAGACACCGACUUCGGACGAGCUGGAGCACUUUGCCAAGCAGUUCAAACAGAGGAGAAUCAAACUUGGCUUUACGCAGGCGGACGUGGGUUUGGCUCUGGGCACGCUGUACGGUAACGUCUUUUCCCAAACUACUAUCUGCAGGUUCGAGGCUUUGCAGCUGAGCUUUAAAAACAUGUGCAAACUAAAGCCGCUGCUGAACAAGUGGCUGGAAGAGGCAGACUCGUCCACAGGCAGCUCUAGCAGUAUAGACAAGAUAGCAGCUCAGGGGAGGAAGAGGAAGAAGAGGACAUCCAUCGAAGUCAGCGUGAAGGGAGUUCUCGAGACGCACUUUCUCAAGUGUCCCAAACCUUCUGCGCAGGAGAUCACCUCGCUGGCGGACACGCUGCAGCUGGAGAAGGAGGUGGUGCGCGUGUGGUUCUGCAACCGACGGCAGAAGGAGAAGCGUAUGACGCCGCCCGGAGAGCAGCCACCCCUCGAGGGACCCUAUUCUCACAGCGGGAGCGCGGGAGACGCCUCCUCGUGCCAUGAUCUCUGACCGAAGCACCGGGAGGAAUCCCCCCCGGCGCAGACUCUCGAGCGCUUGGACGCGCGGUGGCACCUUGUAGCCUCCGCGUCCGUCCCGGUACAGACUCGUCCAGAUGCCUCCAGCACUGAAACAAUAACAGAGAUACCUGUUCAGCCUUCGUCAUUUUUUUUCUGUCAUGAGGGCAUUAUUCUAUAGCGGCAUAUCAACCAUCACAUUUCAGAUCACUUUUUUGGAGCCCGUCAGUUUGCUUUCUACAUCACGGAUAUAAAUACAAAAUGUGCCUAAUAACCUGCCAGCGCCUUUGGUUUGUGUCACCGUUUUUACAUCAGCUCGAUAAUAAUGAUAAGACGGGACUGAUGUUUUGUUUUUAUGGCUUUCCACACACAAGCUGUGCUCCCGUUGUACCUGCGAUCAGCGGCGUGAAACCAAUAAUAAUAUCACUUUUCUUAAUUGAUUUGUACCAGCACCAGAGGCCAUUUUACACUCCACCUCACGCUUCCCUCGGGCUUUUCCAACGCUUUAGUUCUCCUCAUAUUUACAGUCAUUACUUUGUAACGUAGCAAAUCUGUAAUUAUUAUAUUUUUGCAUAUGCAAACAUAGGCCCUCAUUCCAGUUGUAGACCUAUCAACAUAAUACUUGGAGGACUUUUGUUUUUAAUGAUUAAAUUCCUCCCUCGUGGCCUGUAGCUUACGCAGCCACACGCAGUUGCAGCUCUAUUUAUUCAUUCACUUCUUAUGAUUUCAUUUCAAUCAUCUUCGACCAUUUAAACUGUGUGGACUCUGAAAAAGAGCCGAGAAUAGAGAGAGAGGGGUUUGACAACGCUAUACACCUGCCUAUAAUUUUAAUGUACGUUCACUAUCGAAAUUUUAUAAUCUUAAAUACUCCUGUUAUUUGGUUUAUUUCUUAAGUAUUUUUUCGAAUAUUGUACAGUUUUAUAUAUUACCCUUUUGAAGUCAUUAAUUUAAAUAAAUGAUCUUAGUUAUUCAUGCACUUAAUUAGCAGUGUUUUAAAAGAAAAAGCAAACAAACAAAAAAAAAAUAUUUUCAAUAAGACUGAACUGUUUCGGCGGUUUUAUUCCAAAUUUCAAUGACAGCUCAAGUAAUUAUUUAUUUUCAGUAUAAAGCUUGUA